CUGAUGGAAAGACAGGAGGCAAGGAGACUAGCAAGGUGGCCGCUGUGGUUCCUUUGUCCAGCCAUUCAGCAGAUGUUCUGGUCUGCCUGCUGUAUGUAAAGUACUGGAGCUGGGACUUGAGGACCUGCCUGGGAGUCCAUCAGGGAAGGCAGGUGACAUCAGUCUCCUCCAGAUUACAACUGCCAUGCACACAUACAUACAGUCUGGAGUGGGGAGGGGCUUAGAAGGCCAGACAGGGAAAAGACAGGAUGAGGAAGUGGGCUGAGCCCUGUGUUGGUGAUGAGGUGCAGGUCAGCCCAGCCCACCCACAGAAGCCCAGAGCUUGACCCAUCCCCUUUUUCCCCAGGGAAUACCUGACAGCAGCUAUGGCGAGCAGCAGUGGGGACAGUGUCACCCGCCGGAGCGUGGCCUCUCAGUUUUUCACACAAGAGGAGGGAGCAGGCAUUGAUGGCAUGACCACCUCAGAAAGGGUGGUGGAUCUCCUGAACCAGGCGGCGCUGAUCACCAAUGACUCAAAGAUUACAGUGCUUAAGCAGGUCCAAGAGCUGAUCAUCAACAAAGACCCCACACUGCUGGACAACUUCCUGGAUGAGAUCAUCGCCUUCCAAGCAGACAAGUCGAUUGAAGUGCGCAAGUUUGUGAUUGGCUUCAUCGAGGAGGCCUGCAAGAGAGACAUUGAGUUACUGCUGAAACUGAUCGCAAACCUCAACAUGCUCCUGAGGGAUGAGAACGUGAAUGUUGUGAAGAAGGCCAUCCUCACCAUGACUCAGCUCUACAAGGUGGCCCUGCAGUGGAUGGUGAAGUCACGGGUCAUCAGCGAGCUCCAGGAGGCCUGCUGGGACAUGGUGUCGGCCAUGGCCGGGGACAUCAUCCUGCUGCUGGACUCUGACAAUGACGGCAUCCGCACUCACGCCAUCAAGUUUGUGGAGGGCCUCAUCGUCACCCUGUCGCCCCGCAUGGCGGACUCGGAGGUGCCCCGGCGCCAGGAGCAUGACAUUAGCCUGGACCGCAUCCCUCGUGACCACCCCUACAUCCAGUACAACGUGCUGUGGGAAGAGGGCAAGGCAGCCCUGGAGCAGCUGCUCAAGUUCAUGGUGCACCCCGCCAUCUCCUCCAUCAACCUGACCACAGCACUGGGCUCCCUUGCCAAUAUCGCCCGCCAGAGGCCCAUGUUCAUGUCGGAGGUGAUCCAGGCCUACGAAACCCUGCACGCCAACCUCCCCCCAACGCUGGCCAAAUCUCAGGUGAGCAGCGUACGCAAGAACCUCAAGCUACACCUGCUGAGUGUGCUGAAGCACCCGGCCUCCUUGGAGUUCCAGGCCCAGAUCACCACCCUGCUGGUGGACCUGGGCACACCUCAGGCCGAGAUCGCCCGUAACAUGCCCAGCAGCAAGGACGCCCGCAAGCGGCCUCGAGACGACUCAGAUUCCACGCUCAAGAAGAUGAAGCUAGAGCCUAACCUGGGGGAAGAUGACGAGGACAAGGACUUGGAGCCAGGCCCAUCGGGGACAUCAAAGGCCUCAGCCCAGAUCUCGGGCCAGUCAGACACAGACAUCACAGCCGAGUUCCUGCAGCCUCUGCUGACACCUGACAACGUGGCCAAUCUGGUCCUCAUCAGCAUGGUGUACCUGCCCGAGGCCAUGCCCGCCUCCUUCCAGGCCAUCUACACCCCGGUGGAGUCAGCAGGCACCGAAGCCCAGAUCAAGCACCUGGCUCGGCUCAUGGCCACACAGAUGACGGCUGCGGGACUGGGGCCAGGUGUGGAGCAGACCAAACAGUGCAAAGAGGAGCCCAAGGAAGAGAAGGUGGUGAAGCCGGAGAGCGUCCUGAUCAAGCGGCGCCUGUCAGCCCAGGGCCAAGCCAUCUCGGUGGUGGGUUCCCUUAGCUCCAUGUCCACACUGGAGGAGGAGGCGCCCCAGGCCAAGAGAAGGCCAGAGCCCAUCAUCCCCGUCACGCAGCCCCGGUUGGCGGGUGCAGGCGGCCGUAAGAAAAUCUUCCGUCUAAGCGACGUUCUGAAGCCCUUGACCGACGCCCAGGUGGAGGCCAUGAAGCUAGGCGCCGUAAAGCGGAUCCUGCGGGCUGAGAAGGCCGUGGCCUGCAGCGGGGCGGCCCAGGUGCGCGUAAAGAUCUUGGCCAGCCUGGUGACGCAGUUCGACUCAGGCCUGAAGGCCGAGGUCCUAUCCUUCAUCCUGGAGGAUGUGCGAGCCCGCCUUGAUCUGGCCUUUGCCUGGCUCUACCAGGAGUACAACUCCUACCUGGCCGCAGGCGCCUCAGGCAGCCUGGACAAGUACGAGGACUGUCUCAUGCGCCUGCUCUCUGGCCUGCAGGAGAAGCCAGACCAGAAGGAUGGGAUCUUUACCAAGGUUGUGCUGGAGGCGCCCCUGAUCACCGAGAGUGCCCUGGAGGUGAUACGCAAGUACUGCGAGGAUGAGAGCCGCACCUACCUGGGCAUGUCCACUCUUCGAGAUCUGAUCUUCAAGCGCCCAUCCCGCCAGUUCCAGUACCUGCAUGUCCUGCUAGACCUCAGCUCCCAUGAGAAGGACAAGGUGCGUUCCCAGGCCCUGCUCUUCAUCAAGCGCAUGUAUGAGAAGGAGCAGCUGCGAGAGUACGUGGAGAAAUUCGCCCUCAACUACCUGCAGCUCCUGGUCCACCCCAACCCGCCGUCCGUGCUGUUUGGUGCCGACAAGGACACAGAGGUGGCAGCGCCUUGGACCGAGGAGACGGUGAAGCAGUGUCUGUACCUCUACCUGGCCCUCCUGCCUCAGAAUCACAAGCUCAUCCACGAGCUGGCAGCCGUGUACACGGAGGCCAUCGCAGACAUCAAGCGGACGGUGCUGAGGGUCAUCGAACAGCCGAUCCGAGGAAUGGGCAUGAACUCGCCAGAGCUGCUCCUGCUGGUGGAGAACUGUCCCAAGGGGGCAGAGACACUGGUCACUCGAUGUCUUCACAGCCUCACAGACAAAGUCCCACCCUCCCCAGAGCUGGUGAAGCGGGUCCGGGACCUGUACCACAAGCGCCUGCCUGAUGUCCGCUUCCUCAUCCCUGUGCUCAAUGGUCUGGAGAAGAAAGAGGUGAUCCAGGCCCUGCCCAAACUCAUCAAACUCAACCCCAUCGUGGUGAAAGAGGUCUUCAACCGCCUGCUGGGCACCCAGCACGGUGAAGGGAAUUCAGCCCUGUCCCCCUUGAACCCUGGAGAGCUUCUGAUUGCAUUGCACAACAUCGACACAGUGAAGUGCGACAUGAAAUCUAUCAUCAAAGCCACCAACCUGUGUUUCGCUGAGCGGAACGUGUAUACGUCGGAGGUGCUGGCCGUGGUGAUGCAGCAGCUGAUGGAGCAGAGCCCCCUGCCCAUGCUGCUCAUGAGGACCGUCAUCCAGUCCCUGACCAUGUACCCCCGCCUGGGGGGCUUCGUCAUGAACAUCCUGUCCCGGCUCAUCAUGAAGCAGGUGUGGAAGUACCCCAAGGUGUGGGAGGGCUUCAUCAAGUGCUGCCAGCGCACCAAGCCCCAGAGCUUCCAGGUCAUCCUGCAGCUGCCACCCCAGCAGCUAGACGCCGUCUUUGACAAGUGCCCCGAGCUCCGCGAGCCCCUGCUGGCCCACGUCCGCUCCUUCACGCCCCACCAGCAAGCACACAUCCCCAACUCCAUCAUGGCCAUCCUGGAGGCCAGCGGCAAGCAGGAGCCGGAGGCCAAGGAGGCACCCGCAGGGCCCCUGGAAGAGGACGACCUGGAGCCCCUGGCCCUGGCGCCGGCGCCGGCCCCGGCCCCCCGGCCCCCUCAGGACCUCAUCGGCCUGCGGCUGGCCCAAGAGAAGGCCCUAAAGCGGCAGCUGGAGGAGGAACAGAAGCUGAAGCCCGGAGGAGUGGGGGUCUCCUCCUCCACUUCCUCCUCCUCGGCUUCCUCUUCCUCGGCGUGGCCGGGCCCGCCCCCACCUGAGGAAGCCAUGGAUUUCCGGGAGGAGGGGUCCGAGUGUGAGACCCCCGCCAUCUUCAUCAGCAAGGACGACGACUCAGGGCUGACUGAGGCUGCGCUCCUGGACUCGAGUCUUGAAGGGCCCCUACCCAAGGAGGCAGCAGCGGGCGGGCUGACCGCAAAGGAGGAGCGGAGCCCCCAGGCCCUCGCCCCUGCCGGAGAAGACGCCGCGAAGACCCCCAGCCCAGUCGGCGAGGAAGCCGGGGAGCCCGAGACCAAGGGGAACAGUUGA